AUUUAUUGGCAGCACUCGUCAUAGGGAAUUUGCGCCUGUACAUGGUACAUACCCCAAGCUCGAUUUGAAGCAGGGAAGUUUUACUCUUGGCGGUUCAGCCUGGCGACUUUUGGUUGCGGGUACGGGGUGGGGAUGGGAGCGUCCCAAGGGUACCGCCCUUCCUCCCCUGUCCCCUCCCCCAACCAUCAGGUUCCCUAUCGGUUCAGCAGAUGCGAGUCUGAGGAUGUCAGCAGGUGUCGCUGCCCUGAAUCCCCGGCUGUGCCCUGCACCUGGUGCUCACCACUACCCCCACCCCUUCCCAGCUCCUCCUAAAGCAAGAGACACGCAGUGGAGGGGAAAAGGCAUAGCGAUGCGGUGUAAACACACAGGUGUCUGGUCGCGCCCAAGUGACAUCGAAGGGAGAUCUCAGCACAUUUAGGGGCCUUGGAGUCGCGGUGGGCCAGGCCUGGCUCCGCCCCGCCGUGGCCCGCCCCACAGCCCCGGCCCCGCCCCAGCUUCCUUUGACUCCUGCUCAGUAGCUGCCUCCUCCCCGUCUAGCAUUAGGCUCCGCCUACGGACUCCCGGGUUGGGUGGCUCAGGGACUGGGCGUGGUUAACAGCGGCGCUAGGACCAGAGCAGAGCCGCGGACGUCACGGAAAGGCGCCGAGGCGGGCGCGGGUUGAGCCGGAGGCGGGAGCUAUCGGUUCGGCGGUGCCGGGGCUCGGACCCAAACCCAGACGGGGACCUAGGCCGGAGCCCGUACCGGGGAACGGAGACGGGAGGGAUUCUCUCCGGGGAGGGAUCUGGCCGGGUAGGAGGUGGGACUUCCUCCGCCGGGUUUAGUUUUUCUCUGUCCGCGGCCGCGAGCAGUUUGAGCGCGCAGCUGCGUUUGUCCCUGCUCCUCCCCGGUGGACUGAGGCAGAUCGGGGCGCGGCGGUGACCCCCGUGACACCUACGUGGGGGUCCUUCGUAGCUGUCCUGAUCCGGGCAGAGGGGGCGCCCUGCUCCGGCCUCCUCACGCCGAGGCGAACCACCCGACCCUCGGCCCCAAGUCGUGGCAAGAAGGAUGACCACGCUUACGCGACAGGACCUCAACUUUGGCCAAGUGGUGGCCGACGUGCUCUGCGAGUUCCUGGAGGUGGCCGUGCACCUGAUCCUGUACGUGCGCGAGGUCUACCCGGUGGGCAUCUUCCAGAAGCGCAAGAAAUACAACGUGCCGGUGCAGAUGUCCUGCCACCCGGAGCUGAAUCAGUACAUCCAGGACACACUUCACUGCGUCAAGCCACUCCUGGAGAAGAAUGAUGUGGAGAAAGUGGUGGUGGUGAUUUUAGAUAAAGAGCAUAGACCUGUGGAGAAGUUUGUCUUUGAGAUCACACAGCCUCCCUUGCUGUCCAUCAGCUCUGACUCCCUGCUCUCCCACGUGGAGCAGCUGCUCCGAGCCUUCAUCCUGAAGAUCAGUGUGUGUGAUGCUGUCCUGGACCACAAUCCCCCAGGCUGUACCUUCACUGUCUUGGUGCAUACAAGAGAAGCUGCCACUCGAAAUAUGGAGAAGAUCCAGGUCAUCAAGGACUUCCCCUGGAUCCUGGCAGAUGAGCAGGAUGUCCACAUGCAUGACCCCCGGCUGAUACCCCUAAAAACCAUGACAUCAGACAUUUUAAAGAUGCAGCUCUAUGUGGAAGAGCGAGCUCAUAAAAGCAGCUGAGGGUCAGCCUGCACCUGCCGAUGGACCACGGACCACAACUGUUGGACUCUGGGGACCCAGGU